AUGGAACUGGACGACGUCAGCUGGGAGGACGAGUUGCAGGAAAAGUUCACGCUCAUGUCCGCGAUCUCGGAAGAGGCAGGGGAAGAUAACAAGCGGUGGGAGUACACGAGUGGGGGCUCGGGUAUCGGGAUGAUGAACUUAAGCGAAGAGAUCUUCAUCUUUAUCCUGCGUAAGCUUGACCCAACUUCUCUGCUGCGAGUGGGGAGCACGUGUCGAACCCUCUUCCGAGUCUGUUCCUGCAACUCGCUCUGGAAAAAACACUUCCAGGUGUCGUUCGGAGUCCAGUUUGCCACAGCUACGUGCUCAAUAACAGCAAAGGCCGCGUUCCGCUUGCUCUUUAUGUGGCGGACGCUAUUCAGGAACCUACACUGCAACCGUUCAAUGCAGGAGCGGCUGUUCGCUGAGGUUCCUUUCCCGCCACAGCGGUACUGGACCCAGUGGCUAGUCGUGGAGGCGACCGUGCCGCUUCCCUCCGUGAGGCUGGCUUCGGCCGACAUCCAGGAACUGUGGGGGUUGGAGGCGGGUGUACUGGAGGAACAAGUCAAAGAUAAGGAUGAACACGAUGAACUAAUGAAGUUUGAGUGGAAGGAGCUCCAUGAUCUGGCUGUGGAACAACAUGGAGGCCUUGCCAGGGUUUAUCAGCAUGUUCUCAACAAGCAACACUGCAAUGAUCAUACUGAACUGGAGACCCUUUUCCACCAGUAUACUCAGUGCCGAUUCCAGUGGCUCUUCUCCUAUUGGUUGUUCCGUCAGCCCCCACCCUUUGACCGCCAGCUCCGCUCAGUCUUCCUCCAAUGGCGACGUCACAACAAGACUAAGGUGGCGACCUGGGGCGGGACCCUGUGUGACGUCAGGUACCUGGCUUCGCUCCAUCCAAUUACAGCUGACUACUGGAGGGGCAGACUAGCGCAUGGAGACGAGACUCUGGGUAUCCAGUCAGUGGAAGGCUACUUCUCCAUGUGCAGGUCUCUGGUCGCCUGGAUCCUCGGCCGUGACUGGGGUCGUCUUAAACGCAGGAAGGUGUAUGAGGACACCCUGGAUGGAGUGUACUUGGUGUUACGCCGAGAGCUGCAGGACAAGGUGGUGGAGCACCAGAGGUUCUGGCAGGUUGCCAAGGUCCAGAUGACCCGGGUCUGCACCCUAGAGGAGACUGCUGCCAACUAUGUCAACUGGAGGAUGAUUGAGAGCCUGCCCUACUACAAGUUGUACAUGGUGUCGGGUAACUCUGUGUACCUGAACCAUGUCCAGGGCUUCCUCCAGAGGAAGAGGUUGGUACAUGACUGGAUCCACCUGGAGGAGAACGUCUGGGUUCAACAGCUGCUGCCGGAACCCCUCAACAGCCUGCUGGAGUACCACCACAAGAUACCACAAGACAGCCUCCAUGGGGACUCUGUGUCGGCCCAGCUGAGCAGGGUGGUGUGGCUGUACCUGAACUCUGGCCAGCAGCUGUAUCUAGAGGCUGUGAAAGGCCUGGUCCUGCAGUAUGCUCAGGCUGGGCUGGCCUGCUACCGCUGCCUCAACCCCGGACACAGUCUGGAACAAGCUAGCUAGCCUGCUGGUGGAACGUCUGCCCGCUGAACGACUGCCAGGUCAAACUAUGACCUCAUGUUGGCGGUAUC